AUGACUACGUCCCCACCUACGAGGAGACCCCCAAGGCUUCGCCGACUGGUUCGCCACCCUCGACGUCGACUCCCUCGGCCUCCCCUCACCCGGCACCCCUUCUUCCGCACCCGGGGCGGCGGCAACGUCGCCGACCCCGUCAUCAGCCCCGAGCUGUACGCCAUCCACGCCGACAUCUUCAACCGCUUCUUCGACGCCAUCGCCGCCCGCAACAGCGACCGCAGCACCGCCCUCAUCGCCGCCGUCGACCUCGGGAACCCCGCCGUGGUGCGCCACCUCGUCAGCCUCGGCGCCGACGUCGCCCAGCUCGGGCGCUACGCCGGGGCUGAGCGCACCCCGCUCCAGGUCGCCGCCGCCAAGGGUCUCCUCUCCCUUGUCAAGUUCUUCAUGGAGGAGUGCGGCGCCGACGACGCCGUCAUCGCCCCCGACGGCCAGAUUGCCCUCCGUCUCGCCGCGAAGGGGACGGAGCACGCCAAGCUCAUGAGCCGCGCCAGGCGUGCCGCGCGCGGAAUCGUCCGCUUCUGCGUCUUUGUCGCGUGGGAUAUUCCCACGUUCCUCCUCUACACCGUCCCCAAGCACGCCGUCGUCCUCCCGCUCAAGAGGAAUAUCAAGUGGGCCAUCGAGCACCGCCACCUCUUUGGGCCUUGGUGCAAGCGCCAGAUCCUCGCCAUCCCCAACUACGCGAAGAGAGGCGCCCGGGCCGUAGGUCGCGUCCUCAAGGAGAUCCCCGAAAUCAUCGCGGAUAAGGCCGCCGUGGCCAUCGGUUCUUGGCUCGCCAAGACUGCCCGCCGCUUUGGAGCCGCCGUCGGCCACGUCUUUGCCCAAAUCUUCUCCGUCCUGCACACCAUGCUCGCGGCCAUCGUUUCCUUUUUCCGCCAAAUUACCCUCAAGGACGUGUGGGACGGCUUCUACCGGCUCAUGCGAGCCAUCUUUGUUGGCUUGCCCAAGGCGAUCUGGGCGGGUAUCAAGGCGAUUGGCCAGACUUCGUAUGAUGUCCUUGCGGCCCUCUUUGGCUUCGUAGGCAAGGCUAUCUGGUGGAUCAUCUGGCUGUUCUGGCAGGCGAUCCAGUUCGUGCCUAUCAUGAUCGCCACCAUUUUCAUGUCGUUUGUCAGGUCGAUCGGGACGGCGUUCCGCGAGGUCAUGGUCUGGUUCAAUCCCAAGAUGGCAUAA